AGUAUUUUUGGCUCAGCGUUCAGCGUGCCCUGGCACCAGGUAAUACUCCGAGCUUCGUGGGCAGUAGCCCUCCCGUCGCAGCUAUGAGCGAGUCGUUGAUCUUCCGCGGGGAGCUGAAGGCCCACCGCGGCUGGGUUACCUCCAUCGCGACCACCUACGAGCAGAGCAGCCUCGUGGUCUCCGGCUCCCGUGACAAGAAGGUGAUGAUUUGGGAGCUCACCCCGGAAGGCGAGGCCGUGGGCUAUGCUCGCCGGGCCCUCUCUGGGCACUCCGAGCCUGUGGCCAGCGUGGUUCUCUCCUCCGAUGGCCAGUUCGCCCUCUCCGGCUCAUGGGACCGUACCAUGCGGCUGUGGGACUUGAACACUGGCGGAACUGCGCGCACCUUCCAGGGACACGCCAAGGACGUGAAUAGCGUGGCCUUCUCGGGUGACAACCGCCAGAUCGUGUCAGGCAGCCGCGACCGCACGAUCAAGCUCUGGAACACCCUGGCGGAGUGCAAGUACACGAUCACUGAAGACAUCCACUCGGACUGGGUCAGCUGCGUGGUGUUCUCCCCCUCAGCCAAGAUGCCGCUCAUCGUGUCCGCUGGCUGGGACAAGCUCGUGAAGGUCUGGAACCUGAGCAACUGCAAGCUGCGCACUAACCUCGUUGGCCACACCGGCGUUGUGUACGUGGCCACCGUCUCACCGGACGGCUCCCUGUGCGCAUCUGGCGGCAAGGACGGCACGGCCAUGUUGUGGGACGUGAACGAUGGAAAGCACCUGUACUCUCUGGACGCGGGUGGCACCAUCAACGCGCUGACCUUCAGUCCCAAGAACUACUGGCUGGUCGCAGCGACGGACACCGCGAUCAAGGUGUGGGACCUGGAGAACAAGAACGUGCUGGACGAGCUGAACCCCACGUCGCCGCCCAAGAACGGCAUCCCCUGGUGCGUGUCGCUGUCCUGGAGCGCCGACGGCAACACGCUCUUCGCGGGCUCCACCAACGGCAGCAUCUACGUCUACGAGGUCGGCGCGGAGUGAGGGGGCCACGCGCCCGGGCUGGGCGCCAGGGGCACCCCGGGCGUGCUGGCGGCCAGGUCGCGGCUCUCACCCCCAGAGCCGACUGCCGGCCCUCGGGCCGGAGGAAGGCCCCGCUGGCGCGGGGGGUGGCGCCGCAGCGCGCGAGGCGGAGGAGCGUCGCCGGAGGGCCAGGCCGAGGCAGCGUGG